UAUUUUUUUUUUCCUUUUCAGUUUAAGUUUUAAAAAUUUUUAGUGUAAAAAAAUUAUUGAUAUUUGUUUUUUUUUUUUUUUGUAUCUGCUCGAAAUGAACAUGCAACAGUGUGAAUUGUACCCGCGUGUAAGAUCCACGGAAUAUUAUCGUACACCCGAGCCGAGAGUUUCGAUUCAGAGUCGCAAGGCCGAACAUCCAAAUAUGGAAAAGGAUUCGCGGAGAAAUGCAAAUCUUCUGGCACCCCAUAUCAUGCCCGCUCAGACAUCGCGUAUGCGGGUGCAGCGCGACAGCUACUUUUCCUAGGACGGCCGACUGCAGUUUGGUUGGUUCGCUGUAUAGAGUUUUGAUAAUACGUGUUUUGUAUUUGUCUUCCUUUUAAAAAUUGAUAGUGGCACUUUUUUUUUUUCGUACAUAAAAAGGUCGUAAUGUAAAAUCCAAA